GUCGUCGUCGUCGUCGUGUCGUCUAUUCUUGAUAUGACAGUGAAUAAUUACAGUUUGUUAUAAUGUGUAAAAUGGUUUUAUUCUGAAGUAUUUUACAAAUUUAUGGAUAAAAAAUGUGGCAAAGUCUAAUUUCACACAUGUUCUCGUAUUUGUGUAUAUGUGUGAGUCAGUUCUAAAUUUGAAAGAUUUAUUUAACAUUUGAUAUAUUUCCUGCAAAAAAGAAGCAUAUAAGAAGAGAAGAAAAUAAAAAUGGAUUACGAUUACUUAAUUAAAUUUUUGGCCCUUGGAAAUUCUGGAGUUGGGAAAACCAGUUUCUUGUAUCAGUACACCGAUGGCACUUUUCAUUCGCGCUUUGUCUCCACUGUUGGGAUUGAUUUUAAAGAAAAGAGAGUAACAUAUCAGAUGCCAGAUGGGAGUAUGCAGCGAAUACAUUUGCAGCUUUGGGAUACAGCGGGUCAAGAGAGGUUUCGAAGUUUAACAACAGCAUUUUACCGGGAUUCCAUGGGUUUCUUAUUAAUUUUUGAUCUGACCAACGAGCUGUCCUUUCUCGAAGUUAGAAAUUGGCUGGAACAGCUUAGGAUGCAUGCAUAUUGUGAAAAUCCAGAUAUAAUUCUGUGCGGUAAUAAAUGUGAUCUUGAGGAUAAGCGAGUUAUUAGCGAGCAUAAAGCACGUGAUCUAGCGGAUAAACAUGGCUUGGUAUAUUUGGAAACUAGUGCUGCUACUGGACAAAAUGUUGAACGCGCAGUAGAUGUUCUGUUAGAUCAUGUUAUGCGCAGAAUGGAAGUUACCGUAGAUAAAUCAUUGUUGCCGCAUCAAAAAAUUUUGAAAUGUCAUGAACGUGAGACACCGCCUCCUAAUAGCUCUUGUUAUUGCUGACAAUGUGAUUUUGCAUAGGCAAUCAAUUAGAUUAUUGAUUGUUAUUGCAAUCGGAGGUCUCAGGGGAAAGAAUAUUUCCUUUAUUCUCAUAGGCUAACAGACCGAACACUUAACUUCAUUACAAGGCUUUUGAUUCUGGGUAAAAAGGUUGUGACUAAAGGCAUUUAAUUAGAAUAUUUUCUGAAAUUUAUCAGAAAUAUCUUCAAUUGUGAAUAUCAAUAUUCUAAGCUAUUGCUUCCUAUAAUGUACAAUCCUAUUGUCUUCCAUGUCUCUUCCUUAUCAGAAGAUUUUAUCAUCCUUGCCUUUGUCAUCCAUUUUAAUACGUAUCAUAUAUUCUUUAUUUGAUUUUAAACGAAUCUCUUCCAUAUACUUUCUAUUCCUGCUUCCUUAAUAUAUAUAUAUAUAUUUUUUUUAAAUUUUUA